CGCAAUUCUCGCGCGAAAAAACAGACGACACAACACCGCUUACAGACAACCCCCUUUGUGCCCGCAUCCACCACUGCUUGCUUGUUUCUCGACGACGACAAUGACGUCUGUGAGCCUCGAGGGCCGUGUUCAGGCCGUGCUACGCCGUGCCCUAGGCGAAGCUGUUGUUGAGCGCCUCGGUGUGGAGGCUGUGCAGGUCAUCCAACAGGAGCUGGCCCAGGUUGUGGACGAAUGCGUCGCCACGCAAGUUGCACUGCUCACGGCACCCCGCACACGUGCGGACAGCACAGACGCCAACAAGGACAGCCAGGCAAAGGCCAUCGACACAGCCACCUCAGACGCCGCUGCUGCUGGAGAUGAUGAGCACGAUGGCGCUGCUGUCGUUGCCGAGCCCACGGCAGCCGCGGUCAGCAAGACCAAGAAGAAGAGGCAGCGCCGGCGCAGGAAGAACAAGGGCGCAGAUGCCGACGCAGCAACAGACACGGCGGUCGACACCAGAACCACGACCGCUGGACUUACAGUGACUGACGAGGAUGCCCCCGCUGCUGUUGCGGACACCACCGCUUCUACACCAACAGCGACCAAACAAGAGGACAUGCCUCAGCAGCAGCAGCAGCAGCAGCAGCCCGCUGCAUCCACCAAGGUGUCCGCUGCCGACGCAGACGCAAACCCGAGUGGUGAGGCCGAUACAACAACCCCUAUGCCGGCUCCCGAGGCGACUGCGAACAAGCCUGAUACAGCUAUGGCCACCAGCGCAAAACCCCAGCGCAAGCAAGGUCGCCGCAACCGCAACCGCAACCGCAACCGCAACCGCAACAACACCAGCAGCAACAAGCCAAGCGCCAGCGAGCGUGCUGUCGAAGCUGAAGCUCCCACGUCUUCCAAACAACAGGAGCAGCAGCAGCAACCGCCCACAUCCACAGCACCACCAUGUGUCGAUGAGACAAACACCACCGCAACCGCCACCACCGAAAGUACUGAUGCGAACGAGACGGAUGCAGCGCCUGCGCCUGCGACACCGGCAUCGGCAGAGACAACUGAGCCGCAACAAGACCCCAAGGCCGAGCUGCUGGAGCAACUACAGCAGCUGAAGGCGUGCGAGAACGCUGUUGCCGCAGCCAACGCCCUGGCGUCCUUGUGCGCGCAGGUGGCCAACAACGACAAGCACUGCGCCAUUGCCAGCAAGAUGGGUGCUGUGGAAGCAACCCUGGAUGCCCUGCAGGCAUUUGAGGGUGCCGGUGCCGUGCGCGUGCAAGCGCUGCACGUGCUGCAGGCACUGCUGACCAUACGCACCGGCCGUGACCGCAUUGCCGCACAUACCCGCGGCAUUGACACGCUGCUGGCGUUCCAGCGCAGCAGCAACAGCGUGCAGCGCCUGGCUGCCACCUCCCUCUUGCUCCGCCUCACCAGCAUCCAGCGCCUGGUCCCUGUGCUUGGCCGCAAGGGUGCCAUGCAGAGCACAGCCGAUGCCCUCCUCGCCACCAAGGGCAACCAUCCCGACAUGCAGGAGACGUGCCUGGUGCUGCUUGCGCGCCUCGCCAACGUUGGCGGCGGCUCCGGCGCGAUGGCACGCGGCCCUGCCCCUGUCGGCACGGUGCGGCAGUGGCCUGCGGUGCUUAGGGCGGCAACUUCAGCUAUGGACGCCAGCCCAGAGCGCGUGCAAACGCAGGAGGCUGGCGUUGCUUUGUUGCGGUUCUUUGACCGCAGCUUGGGCACCGCCGUACGCCCCGUCAUCUCUGCGCUUCUGCACCAUCCAAACAAUCGCAUCAUCCAGGAGCACACGUCUGCUUAUCUGUGCAAUGCCCUGCAAACGAAGAACAACACCCAGCUGCGGGCUGGCCUGAUCAAGACAAAUGUUGUCUCGAAGCUCCUGUCGUUAUGGCUUCUGCCCCAGCAACAACACGAACAACAUGAGCAGGGGGAGGAGAAGACAGCAGGCGCGGAUAGCGCCGCUUCCUCGGGCUCCAGGCGCCGUGGCACGCGUGGCAGGCGUCGCAACAACACCAGCAACACCAACAACGCCAACAGCAGUCAGGUCAAGAACAUCGGUGCGCGGACUGCACUGGUUUCCAGUAUCAUGUUGAAUCUGGCGUUGAUUGUGCAGCGGUACGGGGAGGAAGACCUGACGCACCCCAUCUUCGCGCCAGAAGUGAUCGCGGGUGUCCUGCUGCACAUGCAGCGGCACCGGGCCUCCACCGCUGUGCAGCAGGAGGGCCUGCGCCUGCUCGCUGCCGUCACCCGCCCCCAGCGCGGAACACCAACGCAGCGCGCGCGGGCGGCGGCGCUUGCCCUGUUGGACGGCAAUGGCGACGGUGUGCGGGUCGUCACAGCGGCCAUGCAGGCCACAGCGGCGCACGCGGAUGCCCAGCUGUUUGCAUGCCGGCUCCUGCUGAACCUCAUGGACGCUGUUCGCGGCAACCGCAGCACAGCCGCUGCCGCCUUGCUCACCCCAGAGCUGGCCCGCUGCUGCGUUGCCGCCAUCAACAAGCACACGCACGUCAAGCCCCUUGUCCGUGCCGCGUGCACGCUUCUCUCCCGCGCCGUCGCCCCACCAGCAGCGCCACAGCACGGCAAGCCUGGUGCCAAGGGCGCAAAGGAAGGCGCAACAGCCCACAAUGCAACUGCCAGCACCAGCACCAGCGCUUCAACGAGUGCAGGCGCAAGUGCAGAUACGAGCGCAGCAUCAAGUGCCCCCGGCACGCCGCCGCCGCUGACAUCUGUUGAGGAGACGCUGCUGUCGCUCAAGAACUUUGAGGCCGUCAACGCCGCCAUGCACGCGCUGCAGAGCGCAGACAAGGACUCUGCCAUCCAGGCCAAUGCCGUGGCGCUGCUGCUGCUCCUGUGCAAGACGCAGGCCGCUGUCCACGCCGUGUCCACGCACCGCGCGCUGCCUGCCCUGCUGGCCACGCUGCAGCAGCACCUCAAGGACCGCGCCCGCCGCGCCACUGCAUCGCAGCUGCUGUUGGCCAUUGCCGAGCACGGCCGCCCCACCGCCGUCAUGCAGGCAGGCGGCCUGCGUAUCCUGUGCGACAUGCUGCUGCAGCGCGAGCACCACCCGCGUGCUGGCGCUCGUGGUGGUCCUGGUGCUGGCGGCGCAGGUGCUGGCGUGUCCCACGCCACGCACACGAGCCUGCGCGCACUCGCUGCGCUGUGUGCAGACAAGCGGUGCGUGCAGCACCCGCUGUUCAAGGAGGCGAUUCUGCCGGCCGUGCUUCGGCUGCUGGAGCGCCACCCGCAGGACAGCAGCGUGCAGGAGCAAGGCCUGGCCGUGCUGCGCGAUGCAGACGGCCUGCCGCGCAGCGAGGUGCUUGACCUCGUGCUCAGGGCCAUGGAGACACACCCGACACACUCCGGGGUGCAGGCAAGCGCGUGCGGUGUUGUGCGCAACCUUGCCCUCCACGCCACAGAUGAGCUUGCAGGCAAGGCGGUGGUUGGCGAUGUGGUGGCAGCGCUUGUGCAGCACCAGCAGCACGCCGGCGUUGCGGAGCAAGCGUGCGGUGCGCUGUGCAACCUGGCCGUGAGCCGGAGCUGCCGCCGCAGGAUUGCGCGGGUCAAGGGCCUGCCAUUGAUUAUGGAGACGAUGCGCGGCCAUCGCGCCACAGCCGCUGUGCAGGAGCACGGGUGCCGGGCGCUGUGGAACAUGGCGGUGGAGCCCGAAAACCAGCAGGAGCUGGGGCUCAGCGGCGGGAUUGGCGAGAUUGUGGACGCCAUGCUGGCCCACCCGCGCAACGAGGCUGUGCAGGAGGCGGCCUGCGGCGCCCUGGGCAACCUGGCGCUCAACGACAGCAACAAGAUCCGGCUUGGCACCAGCCGCACCACGAACGCACUCGCUGCUGCGCGCAGCACGUUUGGCGACAACGCCGUCAUUGGCAAGCAGGUGGAUGCGCUGCUCACGGACGUCCCAAUCGACGUGGACCAGCAGCAGUGACGUGUGAAUGCAUGCAAAUGUGUGUGUAUGUGUGUGAGAAUGCGUGUGUUGACCCUCGACUGCUGACCUUUGCAUGUGUAUCUGUGUGUGCCAGUGUCUGCUGUUUGCUGUUUGUGUUUGGCCGUCUUUUUCCUCAGCAAGCUAUGGGCUCGUUCCUCUGACAAUGUUAGUUCUCUGUGUGUGUGUGUGGUUUUUUUUUUUUCUUCAUUGGUGUUGUUGACGUUUGGCUGUUAACUUCAUUCGUGUUCACACAGUGUGAACAAAGCAAAGAUAUGCAAAAAGAUACAUACAAGUGCAUCCGAUA